UUCAUUACAGGGCGGGACGGCCGCGAUGGAAAGGAUGGUCCCACAGGUCCACCAGGAUUACCAGGCAACCCCGGAUUGCCUGGUGUUGGGUCUCCUGGGAAAGCUGGGUCUCCUGGGAAAGCUGGGCCUCCUGGUAAGGACGGUUCACCUGGCAAAUCUGGGGCAAAAGGUACUCAACUUUGAUAAUUUUUCGUUCUUUAACAGCGAGAAAGUGAACAUAAACUGAUUUGGUACUUUUUCUGGAAGAAUCCUUCAACCGUGUAUUUCUGACCUCUCACAGGAGAUGCAGGUAAGCCGGGCGUUAACAGAACGUUUUCAGGCCCUCCUGGUCCCAAAGGAGAGAGUGGUAAAUAAUUUAACUUUGGAUUUCCUUUCAUUACAGGACGAGACGGCCGCGAUGGAUUACCUGGAAAACCAGGAAUACCAGGAAACCCCGGAGUACCUGGUGUUGGGUCCCCUGGGAAAGCUGGGCCUCCUGGUAAGGAAGGUCCACCUGGCAAAUCUGGGGCAAAAGGUAUUCUACUCUAAUUAACUUUGAUUCUUUAACAGCGAGAAAAUGAGCAAAAAAGUGUCUAUCGAGAUCGAGCUAUUAGCCGUACUUGACAUUUUCCAAAAAAAUUUCAACGUUGCACUUCUUACCACUCAAAGGAGAUGCUGGUAAGCCGGGCGUUAACAGACCUUUUCCAGGCCCUCCCGGUCCCAAAGGAGAGAGAGGUUCUGCUGGAAGUCCUGGCUUGAAAGGGCCUCAAGGAACCAAAGGCGAAAAGGGAAAGGAAGGAGCUGGGAAGUCUGGAGUGAAAUAUGUUCGCUGGGGAAGGACCACCUGUCCAGGAGGUGCUGAGGUAGUUUACAAAGGUUCGUCAACACAGACACUUUAUGUAAAUCAACAGUGUAUUCUCUACAGCACAGAGUUUUAGGUACUGGUUUAAUAAAGCAACGCUAAGUUAUUUCCCUUUUUUUCCCUUAAAGUUAGUGACAGAGACCAUUACUGUGACAUUUUAAGUUUGCAGAAACAGUGUUCCACUGGAUAAUAUAAUGUCUAUAAUUUGUUGCUUUCUAGUCUUUUUACAAAAGGGGCAAAUCUUCCCCUCGUUCACUCCAAAUGCCCGAUAAGUUUGUGACAUCUUGAACAUUUAUUUAUUUAUUGAUCGAAAAUUGAAGAGAAGUUUCAAUAAUAAUUAGGUUUUAUCUGAUAGAGGUUCAUUACUAUGACAGUUCGAGUGCAGUAAAUGCAGUCAAUAAUUUGUUUUGGACAACUUGGACCCACAUGUGAUAUGCAGUUUGUUAUGACGAUAUUUUGUUCUUCGGUGCUGACAGUCACCAAGACUAAGGGGAAAUUUGUGGCGAGGUCAUUUGAGAGUGGAGUGAUGUUCCCCUAUAAGCCUGUUAAAGUAUGUAGUUUAUCAUCCUCAGGUUUGAUGGGAGGUAACGCUCACCAUCACCAAGGUGGUGGUCACUGCAAACAGAUGAGAAGAGUUUUAGCAAUUACCUUUUAUCUCAGAGAUUUAUUAACGUUACAGUUCGAGUGCAGUAAAUCCAGUUUGUUUUAACAAUACUUUCCUCUAUCGUACUGUCAGUUACUAAGUAAAGGAAAUUUGUUGUGCGUUCACUUUAUAGGAGAGUAAUGUACCUUUGUAAACUUGUAGUUUGUCAUCCUCAGGUUUAAUGGGAGGUGAGCGGUACAAUCACCAAGGUGGUGGAGUAAACUAUCUUUGUCUUCCACACAAUCCAAAGUACGACAGGUAUAACGAUGGCAAUCAGUACUCAGGAUAUGUGUACGGUGCUGAAUAUGAGGUCAAUACCUACAGUGGGUAUCCUUUCAGACGAAAUCUUCAUAAUCACGAGACGCCUUGUGUUGUCUGCUUUGUCAAGUCACGUGGUACAAUGCUGAUGAUGCCCGCACGGAAUGACUGUCCUUCUGGAUGGACCGAAGAGUACCAUGGGUACCUGAUGACGUCAUAUUACAGCCACCCGAACCAAAAAGACUUCGUCUGCGUUGACAAAGACCCAGAGUAUGUUCCGGGGACUAGUGGGAACAAGGAUGGUGGCUUGCUAUACUUCGUGGAAGGGGGUUGUGGCUCACUUCCCUGCCCUCCAUAUGUUCUGCAUCGAGAGCUGACAUGUGCUGUUUGCACCAAGUAA